AUGGGUAACUUCCGUUCUCAGUACGAUAAGUGUCUACGUCGACACCCAUUGCUGACCAAGAUGGCUACAUCCUCGGUGUUCUUUGGACUGGGUGAUCGCCUCGCUCAGCGAGUGGAAAAGAUCGGCAAGACCGACGAAGAGCUAGAAGAAAUGGAAAAUACCGUCGAGAAAUCCCGAGUACUAAGCGAGAGCUCAGCGAAGACUGUCCGUAUGAUGGUCUGGGGUGGCUUGCUGUUGAGCCCCAUGGUCCACUCUUGGCACAACCUCAUGGAGCGAGUAUUCGUCGGAACGGGGAAGACGGUCGUGGCCAAGAAAGUACUGGCGGAUAUGGUGUUUAUAGCACCGCAGAUGCCGAUCUGGUAUCUCACGAGCACGGGGCUUAUGGCCGGUAAACCUCUUGGACAGGCGUUGGAUGAAGCGAUCGAGAAACAACCAGUCAUGCUCAUGGCUAACUACAUGGUGUGGCCCACCGUCAAUUUCAUCUCCUUCAGCUACGUGCCGCUACACUACCGACUCCUGGUCGGCAACGUCGUCAAUCUCGGCUGGUCAUCAUUUCUCUCCUACAUGGCAAACAACCCAGCACCGACAUUGCCGUACUUGCCAGCAAUUUGCUUGAACAGAUUUUUGUUGUAG